AUGACGGAAAGCUCCUCUGAACCCCCCGACAUAGCCCGCUCCCGUGCAAUACCCAACGCGCAUGGAGUGCCACGCCGCUCGUCGUCCGGACUACCGCAUUCGCCGCCCGUGAGUGAGCCAGCGAGGCACAGCUCCCAGAGCAGCGACAACAACCACGUCGCAAACACGACCAAUCGCCCCUCGACCCCGGAUCAUCGCCAUGGCCAUGCCAGCACCGGCAACCUCCGCGACGAUGCUGCCCCAGGCGCCGGCGCUUUCGGUGAGGAAUCUAACAGGCUCGAGAAUGGUCCCGCCAGUCAUCUCUCCCGCGAUAUCGCGGCUGUCGCAUCAUCGAAGGAUGAGGUGUCGGGGGCUGACGUAGGGGCCGCUGCACCUCGCGGCGGUUCCCUCAGCAUCGAUAACAGCCAUCAAGGCAACAACAACGGCAACAAAAACACGGCCGACGACGGUAAUGCUUCCAAAACGAAGCGUGGCCUUGUUGAAGAAGUUCGUAGGACCUUUUGGAUGGUCGUGACGUACAGCUGGCUCAAUGUCUUGCUCGUCUUCGUCCCCAUCGGUAUCGUCGUGGCCAACGUCCCAGGCGUCCACGGCGGUAUUGUCUUCGCCAUGAACUGCAUUGCCGUGAUACCUCUCGCUGGUCUCCUCAGUUUUGCCACGGAGUCGGUCGCGAGUAACAUGGGCGACUCUCUUGGCGCCCUGCUUAAUGUGACGUUUGGCAAUGCCGUGGAGCUCAUCAUAUUCAUGUAA